AGUUACACAAACAAAAGUGCUUUUUCGUGUCUAGCUUGCUGUAAUCAGUCGAGUUGAAAGAAAAAAAACUUCUGACAAAAUUCUUUGAAUGGAUUAAAUUUCAUUGACGUAUUAAUAAUUGUGAGUGUUAAAAAAUUGUGUGAUAUCAAUCACAUUGUGUGAAAUGUAUCCGCAUAAAGGAGCAUUUCCACCGAUGGGCGCUGCUGCACCGAAUCUAGCACCCACCAAUAUACCAAUCGGUGAUGGAAAUCAAUGGAUGUCACAAAGUGCAUACCAAAACAUUGAUUUGGACAAAGUUGACUGGGCUGUAUUAGCACAACAAUGGAUACAUAUGAAAGAAUCAUGUACAAUUGGCGGAACAAAUGAACCAUCAAUGCCAUGUGCACCGCCGCCGCCUCGUUUUACCAAUACCAUUAGUAGCAACAGCAAUGAUUAUGAAGAACAAGGCGAGGCAGCGAUGGAAAUCGACCAUGAAGACGAACAAACACCAAAUGACAGCAUUAUUAAUGUGACGGCACCACCGCCUCCGACAAAUAUUUUCCAUCAAACAUCACCGCCAAACAAUUGGAAUUCCGAAUCGAACUCCAAUUCACGCGGUCACCAGAAAAAUUGGAAUCGAAAAGGGAAUCGUUGGGGUUCAUCAAAAUCGCAACGCAUACCACCAGGUGGUGAUGGUUAUGCGGCGUCAGGUCAAGUAUUUAAUAAUGCCAAACAAAUGGGCAGUGUCUGGUCAACACCACCGGCUUCGGCCUCAUCAUCGACAAAUAUGCCGCCAUUCAUGCACAUAAACGCACAUGCCAAUGAACAAUUUAAAAUGCACGGAAUGGAUGCAAAUUCAAAAUCAGGUAUACAAUUAGAACAAAUAGGUUUAAAUGCAACGCCAACACUAGAUGCGGCACAGCGUAAAACCUUACCAGCAUGGAUUAGAGAUGGUUUAGAAAAAAUGGAGCGUGAGAAACUGAAGCAGGCGGAAAGAGACCGUGAGAUGAAGGAACGAGACGAAAAAAGACGACAAGAAAAAAUCAUCGAACAAAAUCUUUUAAUGCAACUCAAUGCCAAUGAAUCGUCCCCGAAAUUACCCGCCAAAAGCAAAUUUGAAAGUGACUCUGAAUCAGACUAUGAUGAAACGGUAAACAGUGACUAUAGUGAAAAUAUGACAAGAAAAGCAAAGAUGGUAACCGGUGGUGGUGGUGGUGAUGAACGAACAACUGUGGUUAGUAGUGCAAAUGCAACGAGCUCCGAUUCAACGACAGUGCCAACAACAUUUAAGCCACAUCUUACAAAAGCCGAAAUUUUAACCGAAAUUAUGCUUUCGGUACGAAAAAAUCUAACCGAAAUUCUGUUGGAAGUUACGAAUGAAGAAAUUUACGCAAUUGCUCAAGACACUCUAAGUAAAGUACGAACAAAAGGUCGUAAAGCUCAAUCCGUUCAAAAGAACGCAUUAACUGCAAUUACUCCAGCACUUGGAUUGGUCGUGUAUGAUGACAGCGAUGCAUCGAGGUCAGGCGAUGAAAGCGAUUCCGAUGGAGCCAACGAACAAAAUGCUAGCGAAAAUGAUUCGGAUAAUGAGAUUAAGAGAGUGAUCCAGAGGCGGAAGGCAGCUUUUGAGACAAAAUCAGAAGAGAUUGAAUCAUAUUUGGCUGAAAUUGAAGAAAGAGAAAAGCAAUGGCUUGAUCGGGAUGAUUCGGUGGAAGAGCAAAAAAGUUCAAACAAUCAAUUAUCCGUCCCGAGUGCAAUAAAUCCACCAAAAAGCAACGAAAUUCCUGACAUCCCACGAGAACCUCAAAAAAUGCCAAAUGCCUCAAAAUCCGAACGUAAAAACAGUCGAUUCAGUGAUGUUAAGAGUUUAGUGUACAAUGUGGCAAAUAGUCAAAUGGCAAGUGCUGCGUCAUCUUUGAUUCGACCCGAUUCUCGAUCGUCGGCGACUGACUCAAAAAAACAUGAAAUUGAUAAAAGAGAUGUGAACAGCGAUGAUUCCGAUUCGUCACAAAAACGAUCCAAGCACUCAUCGUCAACAUCAUUCAAAUCAAGUCAUCAUCGUAGCAAACGGGAUCGCAGUCAUUCGCCAUCGUCGAGUCGACGGCACAAAAAAUCGUCACGAAGACGUAGCUCAAGCAGCAGCAGUGAGCGUAGUAGUUAUUCACAUCAUUCGGGUCGAUCUCGGAAGCAUUCACGUCGCGACCGAUCAUCGUCUGACGAUCGAACAAGCAAAUCAAGCCAAGGCAGCCACAAACGUGAUAAAUAUUCUAGAGAAAAAAGCUACUCACGAAGCUCUCAUAGCUACAAACGUAGUCGCCAUUGAAUAAUACACACUCAUUUUCUUCUUAUUAAAAAUUGACGCAUUAUCUCAAAGAGACUGUUUGUUUUCUUCACAAAUCAGCUGCUCAGCUACGAAUCAACAUUUAUUCCGAACAACGUUGACCUGAACGAUUUUCUAAUGAACAUUUAUUUUAAAAUGUAAAAUAAAAUUUCUUACAUUUUAAAAUAAAAAAAAUAUGCAACUUUCAAGGGAAAAGAAGAAUUGUUCAUAAGAAAAUUGUUUGGAUUCGUUUUCUCAUGAGAUUUUCAAAGAUAACAAACAAGCUGAUGAGAAAUAGAUUGAGCAAGCCAAAUUGAAUAAAGUGUUUUAUUGUUAACAUUAA